ACACAACUCCCCUGGUGAGUCUGUGAGAGGGUGACUGUGUGACAGACUGUGAAAGGACCAGAGGGACAGACAGCUGCUGAGUCUGGAGGAGCUCCUGAGCACAGCAACAGGGACAAAACCAGGGACUAAGACAAAACCAGGGAUAGGGACAGCCAGGGCUGCUGAAGGGGCACAAACUGAAGUCCCUGGGGAGUCGAACCAGAUUCUCUUCUAAUCCGGAGUAGAUCACCUGUCUCAGAGGAGUUUUGAAAGUUUGAGUUUUCUUGUUUUAACUUGUGGAAUUAAUAUAAGAGGCACGGAGCAGCUCUGGGAUCUGGUCUGUCCCAGAUCUGGUUUGGAUUUUUAUAAAGUUCUGUUCCCAAACAGGACGCCAGCUGUGAUCUGGACCACAAAGUUCGCUUCUGUGUAUUUACAUUGUGUUGGAUCAUGGUGGGGGAGAUGGAGGUGAAGGAAAAAAGUCGAACAAAUCCGGAUUACUUGAUGCAGCUCAUGAACGACAAGAAACUGAUGACCAGUCUGCCCAACUUCUGUGGUAUCUUUCAGCACCUGGAGAGACUCCUGGAUGAGGGUGAGACUUGAUACUCCAUCUGUCUGUCUGUCUACAUAGGGCAGAAAUCCACUUACAAAUAAACCUUUUAAAAAUAGAACAUCAUGAGAAGUAUUUAUAUGGUCAGCUUUUUAUGCAAACAGAGUGUAGUGUAGCUCUAUCAAAAGUAUCAGUGAAAAUUAAUUAAUAUGCCAUGGGAAUAUGGUUAUUAUCUGUCAUUAUCAUAUAGUUUUUAUAAACUAUUGUCCUAUGAAGCAACAUGCGAUUGAGAAAUUGUGAAUUAUGACAGUCUUCUAAUUUUUGUAUGAAAUUAUUAUUACAAAAAAAAAGCAUGUAUUUUUGUUUUAACUUAAUCCCUCAAAAGUAAUACAGUAAUUUAUACUGUAUAUGUACAGGUACCAGAGCUAGUUCCUAUUUCUCCUACACCUGUUCUGAUUCUGGUUCUGCUUUUCCAGAAGAGUUCUUGUCAAUAUUUGAUUUUGCUUCAAGUAGUUUGAUAUGUGAGAAUGUGUAGCUGUGUAUCAUCAAUAUAGCUAUCGUAGGAAACAGAGCCAAACUGCCAGGUCAGGUGACCUAAGGGGAGCAUAUAUUAAAAAAAAUAAGGCAGGACCAAGAUUUGACCCCUGAGGCAUCCCACAAGACAUUGGAAGAAUGGUGUGAUCAUUGUGUGGUCUGGCUGCAUUCGUAUGUUGUUUAGGACCCUCAGCAAAGCUGUUUGUGCUGUGCUUCCUGAUUGGUAUCUAUCAAAAACAUCAUGACCUUCCACCACCUCCAGAGGUUGUUUGUAGGCAAGGUUGUUUCAAGGAUCUUGGACAUAAAAGGAAGUUUGGAGAUUGAUGGUAUGGUAAGAUCUUGAUGUGUUUUUUUUUUCAGAGGGGGUCAAAAAGCAGAACAUGGCCUUGACAAAGAGAUUUGGUAAAAUGAAACACAGAGAUGGUCCAAUGACAUUGAUGACAUCCAAUGGGGCACAAUGUCAAAUAGGCACAUAGAAGAGCAAAUAUGGGAGGGGGAAGGAACCGGAGGAAGAGGAGUGCUUUGGUCAUGAAGAAAUACAUGCUAGCUUUGUGCCAAUUCGAACAGUAUUAUGCUCACUGGGUUCUCGCUCUUUCCUCAUUUUUCAGUAUGUGGUGGUUGUCCUGCACUUACACAAGCAUUUGGAUAUGCACAGUUAUCUAAUUUUGCUAAAACAACUGCAGAAGAAGAGUUAUAUUGACGCCUGUCCUCUCAGAAUGGACCUAAGAAUGGACUGUCAGAAUCAGAUGGUGCAGUGACAUUUUCGUGCUCGCUGGCAGUGCAGAAAUUAUGCUGAAAACUCGCCAAUUCAAACCUAGUCAGCUUUCAGUGCAGGCAGAGGGCAGCUGGUCUAGUGAUAUUGUAGUAGACUGGCGGCAUAGUCCGCAUACGUCACCGAUACCUCACAGGCAGGUUUCCACAGUGUCAGGCACAUUUCAGUGCAAUAAAUAAUCAACAACAACCAAUAUUCAGUGCAACUAUCUGAGUCAGCACAUACAUUUAGAUCUAUAUAAAUAUAUUCUGAUCUAUAUCUUAUUUGAUGAACGCGUUUUGGCACGCGUUUGGACACUCAACCUGACCGAAUCAACACAGCUGAAACUGCAUUAAUUUAAAUAUCCAGUAAACAGUCACACAUGAUGAAGUUAACAAGAUAAUUCGUCUCCCCCUUUUUCUCUCUUCCACUUCUUUCUUGCGCAGCUCGACCCGGAUAUGUCUCUGUGUCCUCUCCCCAUCCUGCUGCUGCUGCUGCGGUGGCGGCUGAACAGAUGAUUUAUUUUAGUGAUGAGAUGAGUUAUUUACUUCAAAAAUUUGAACAAAAAAAAAAUUAAAGAAACUUUCAUUCAAAAUUACCUUUUAAUCUAAUGAUCUCACAUCUUUAAAAUUCUGUGAAUAUGCAAUCCGGAGUUAAUAAAAAUAAUAACAGUAAUUAAUUUUAUUUGUGGGCGCCUUUCAGGGCACUCAAGGACUCUUUACAGCGCAAUUUAAAGACACAUCAGUAGAAUAGUAAAACCAAUAAAAAACACAUCAACACAACAAAGUUUUAAAUAAAAAGUUGUAAAUCCGGACUCUGCAGCAGAACAUCAAAUGCUAGUCUGAGUAGGCCUGUCUACAGUUAUGAGUAUUGAGAGGGGAUUUGAAGAUGGAGAGUGAGUCAUAGUUCCUAAUGUCAGGUCCACUCAUAAAUAUUAGUUGCGUGAGCCAAGUUCAUUUUCUAUGCCAACAUCAGUAAAAGAGCCAGGCCAAGGAGCGCAAUGCGUCCUUUAUGCAUAGGUGUUUCUGAUUUUAAUGCCAUUAUUGGAAUUUGUUUAUGUUGUGAACUGUGCGCACAACCCACCUCUAUCAAGUGAGGUUUAAAUAUAUGCAACUUGAUGUGAUUGCUUUUAUUUGUGGAAAAGGGUGUUUGUCUUACCAGUUGGUACAACCUUACACACACCAAAUCCUCCUGUGCUUGUUUGAGAGAGUGUGGAGGACGCCCUCCGCAGCGCUCACUGUGACACUUGUUGAUGGGCUGCCUUCUGUCGCCAUCGUGUGGCAUUGCUGUCUUCAGUCAUCUCUUGGUCUCUUCCAAAGAGAUCACCAAAAUACCAAAGUGUGCUUGGGCACGCCUCAUCGGUGCAGCAGACCUGUUUUGCACCACGCCACCAUUAGAGCCCCUUGUCUCUAACGGUGUAAAUGCAUCACGUUGAAAUAGAGCACACAUGUGCAGUCAGGUUAGUUUUGCCCAACAGAGAGUGACGAUCGGAAUACAAUCCCUCUCGAUGGAAUACAAUUUCUUUCUGAUUUAGCCAAAUUGGAUCAGAAUCUUCUGAUCGACAUGUUUACAUGACACAUUUUUAUUCCAAUCAGGCCUUUAUUCCAAUUAUUUGUGCCAAUAUAAACACAGCCACUGUCACAGGUGGGGAGUGUGCUGCAAAUAUUGAGAGUAAGCCAGAAGUGCAAAAAUGUGCAGUUCUUCAAUUGUCCACCUGAGGCUUGCUGCAAGAACCAUGUUAGGCCCCAUGUUUAAACAUCUGUUUUCACAGCAAAUACACCUGGUUAUGGGAAUUUCUGGUUGCAUCACUCAUAACAGAGUAAGGGCCUGAUCUAUAUAAGGGGUGCUACAUUGCGUGUGCAAACUAAAAUAAUUGCACAUGCUAUUAGUGGACAUGUUGCUGGUGAUCUACUAUCAUUGCGUGCACAUUUGAUAACAAGUGCAAAAGUGGUGUGGACCGCCCUCUUUAAAUGAGGAUUUUGUGUGUGUGCUGUGGAGUUGCACCUACCAAUUUGGGGAAGCCAGCAACUGCAUAAAAAACAAGGCAAAUUUAUUUGUGUAGCACCAUUUAUACACAAGGCAAUCCUAAGUGCUUUACAGUUGCAAGAAAAUAUAUUUCAAAUAAAGAAAGAGAUUCAAAAAAUUAAAAAUCAAAAAGAUGAACAGAUAAAUGUUUAAGCUAAUUACUUAUCCAAACCUUCAUUCAAUAUAAAUCAAAAUAAAUCACAAGCUUUUAGACCCAGAGGAAAAUGCAGUGUUACAAGAACAUUGCUGGCGGGAAUCACAGUUGCAAAAAAACUAGUUGCCAUUCGCUGGAAACAACCAUACUCAUUCCUUCCAAGCAUGGAUUUUAAAAUACCUGGACAUUGUCUAUUUAGAGCUGUCAACAGCUCGAGUACACAAAGCCAAAGAAUUUGCAAUAUAGGCUUGGAACUUGUUCUUAACUGUCCUCUGUGCACUUCAGCUGUAGUGUGUGAUUACGAUUCUUGCAAUCUGGAUCCAGGGGGGUGGGUGGUUUGUGUUUGGGGUAGUUUUUUUUAUUUAUUAAUUCAUUUCUCUUUGAUCGUGUUACGUGCACACAUAAUUUAUUAUUAUUUAACCUAUUGUAUAUUUGUUUUUAUUAUUAUUUUACUUAUUUCUAUUUCUAUUUCUAUUAUUUUAUUUUUUUAUUUCUAUGUAUCUAUAUACAUUUAUAGGUAUGGAUAUAUGUAAAUAUAUAUCUUAUUAUUAUUCAUUGCUGACUUGUACCUUUCUACUUUUCUCAAUUAAAUAAAUAAAAAGUUGAUCACAAAAAAACAAAGGUGUGGGCUGAGACAGGGUGAUUCUUAUGGAAAUCAUGAAUCGUGUCUUUCGUUUUUGACACAUUAAGUUGCAGAUAAGAAUCAUUAGAGUUCACAAGAGUUCUUUGCGGUCUUGUUGUUGGAAAAUCAACUAGCCAGCAUAUGGUUGCAAAAUAAAUGCUGGGUAUUUUUGAAAGCUUCUGAGCAAGAAUAUAAAGUUGCAUGCAGUUAAAGGCUGAUGAAAAAUCAGCAAAGCAUAGGCAUGCAUGUGUUUUCCUACCCUCAAGGUGCCUGACAACCAAGUUCAACAAUGCCGCCACAGCCUCCUCCACUCCUGUCCUGGGUUGAUAAGCAAAUCAGAGAAGAUCAAUCACUGCCUGUGUCAUAGAAAGUAAACCUUAUAGAGAGUUUGGGGUGACUAGUGUGUGUGUUGAUGUGUAAACAUGUGUGACCUGAAGGAUUGUUUUUGAUUUAGUGGGUUGUGUGAGGUACUUAGCAUUAGUAAGUAUAUCAGUGAUGGGGGACAAUGGUCGAUUUGACCCUCUGUUGAGAAUCCAGCCACAGAACCAGAUUAUAACUAACUCCAAGCACUAUUCUUUCCCUCUAUUUGGACACUUCUCAGCUCAUGACCUAGACCUUUGCAAAAUCUUUUUUUUUUUUUUGCACUAUUCUCAGACAUACACCUCCUAAAGUUAGCUGUGUUUUUAAUGUUAAUUUGAUAUUUUUGCAUCUCACAUUUACAUAAUUUUAAGCACCAACUGCUGAUCACUAUGCAGUGGAAAAAGUAAUGGACACAGAGUUUGUUAUUUCAGCUCAGCCCUUUAUCGUCAGAUACAAUAUAUUUUGACAAUGUACAUAUCACACUCUUCUUCAUGGCCUCUCUGAUUUAUCGGAGAAAAUGGAGGAAAGUUCAUAAAGAGAUCAGCUUUAAGUGAGUCAAUGAGCUCUCUGUGAGUGAUGCAGACCUCAGCUGUAUGUGAUCCACUGGUAUUUAAGGGUAAUACAAAAUUAAUCAGACUUUAUAAUGGCAAAGUGCUUAAAAUGUUCUAAAAAAGAGUAACCUUUACCCUAUGGUUAGUGCUUUGGUCGAAGACACUUUAAUGACAUGGUAGAGCUAUAGUGGUUGAUAGAUGAGCUUCUAUUCCGGCUCUAAAGCCACUUCAUCAGCUGCUCAGUGUGCAGCAGUUGCCCAGUGUAUUAUGCAGGCAGGACCUGCAGCAUCAGAUAGGCCACAAAAAAGGCAGCAUUUUCAAAGAGCUCCAGGAUUACCCGCCCUUCAGACCUCAGACAGUCAAGAUGACACUUUUCCUGUUGCUGAAAGUUGUAUCAUGAGCUCAUACAUGUGGUAGGGUCAUGCUUUGUAGUAUGUAUAGUGUAAGGGAAGCUGAGGUCAAGAACUCAGCAGGUAAAUUUGAUUUUUUAAAUUUCUGUGAAUGAACUUAUUAGAAUGAGAACAUGGUCACUUGUCUCCAUGCUGCUUGGUCAGCACCCACUGUCUGUUAUUCUCUCUAGAUUUCACCAAGUUAAAGAAAUAUUUUCAUUACAUUGACUGUGCUGCCUCAGAGUCAGCCCAUGUAUAACAGAACUGAGUCACAUUUUAAAUUAGUUACCUUAAAUUUGACUUUUUUCCCCCUAGUUUUUGCCGAUCAAAUGCACAAAGUAUAAUUUCAUUCAACUUUUUACCCACUUGCAGCCUGGAGCUACAGAAAUUCUGCUAUGGAGAGAUAUUGCUCAACAAAGAUUUAUAAAUUUGUGAACAACUGCCAUGUCCACAGUUAAAGUGGUCUAAGGGAGUAAAUAUUUUCUAUCACUUGAAUUUAUCUGCUAAAUAUGAUUGAAAGAUAUACAAACUGCUAUUCCUAUGAAGUCGGGACAUGGUGUAAAAGUGAAUAUUUUAGAAAAAAACUAUCUUCAAAUCAUCCCACCUAUAUUCAUCUGAAAACACAACAAAGACAAAAUAUUUAAUGUUCAAACUGAUGAACUUGAGUGUUUUUUUGUAAAUAUUCACUCAUUUUGAAUUUGAUGCUUCAGCACAUUCCUAAAGAGUUGGUUCAGGAUCAACAAAAGUCUUUAAACUGAGGACUGCUCCAGAAACACAAGUUUGGAUUAUUCCACAGGUGAACGGGUUUACUGGGAACAGGUGAGGGUCAUGAUUGAGUAUAAAAGGAGGAUCCCUGAAAGACUCAGUCUUUCACAAGCCAGGAUGAGGACAGAUUCACCACCUUGUCAACAACUGUGUGAGCCAACAGUCCAACAGUUUAAGAACAACGUUCUCAACUUACAACUGCAGGAAUAUAGAGAUUUGAUCAUCUGCAGUCCAUAAAAUAAUCAUAAGAUUCAGAUGAUCAGAGAAAUCUCUGCACAUAAGCAGCAAGGCCCAAAACCAACACUGAAUACCUGUGACCUUAAAUGUCUAAUCUUUGUAGAGUAUUUAGUUUAAUUCCACUGGAAUUGGGUUUUAUAUAACUUAAUGAUAAAGUGUAUAUUAUUUAUGUGUGUAUGUGGGAGACGGAGUCCUGCUUUUUUCUGAAAACAGAUCAAUUUCUCUCUUUUUGUCUCUUUUUUUUUUGGGGGGGGGGGGGGUAUUUGAAAAUAUGGUCAUCCUACACUUGGGUCACAUUUACACCAGAGUCUUAUGGUCUACUUUAAACCAACCCUGAUUCAUUUUCUCUGCUAGUUCAGUGGUGUCUGGUGCUGACCAAAAAUGCAAUUCUAGUCUGCUUAGGACUGGUGUGAAAGCAAAGUGUGUCAACUCACGAACUACAGGCGGGAAGUGGUGUAAGCAAAGUCCAUAAAAUGUAAAAUGAAAAACAAUGUAAACCCGCAAUCCCUGCAAGGCCUUAGUAAUCGAAAACUCUUGGAUUAUUGGAUUUCUAUUUCCUAUUCUGGACCAAAGAUCAACUAUUUUCUUCAUGUACUUUGUCAGUGUUUGGUAUGAAAGAAAAACCUCAUGAAAAUACCAAACUGUUUCUCUUUCACCUUCUUAUCAAAGUGAUUCUCCUGGGCUAUCAUGUAAAAAAAAAACCUUAGACCUACUUCUGGCAUGUACCUCUCACACUCUCAAUCCAAAAACCCAAACUACCCCUUUAAUUUUUGUGUUUAUAUACAUGUGUAUUUUAGAGAUCAGCCGUGUGAGGAAGGAAAUGUACACCGACACUCUGAACGGUUCAGAGAAGAUCAGCAAGUUGCCGGAUGCUGCUGGUCCAAACGUCCAUCUUCAGGAGAAACUGUAUGUCCCCACAAAGGAACAUCCAGAUGUGAGUGUGUAAGUGGGUGUAGGUGUGUGGGUCCAGAGUAUCCAAUAGUGACAGCUAAGCUAAGAGAUGUUGUAUCAGUGAUUAAAACACUGCAGAUUAAGCUCAAAACAUUAAAUAGUGGGUCAUUUAUUAUUUAAGGCAGUCAGCUGAUCAUUAGAGUGAUGAAUGAGGACACCAAUGGCUGACACACAGCUGCAGUCUGAACCAUCAUAUCCAGGCUGUGAUCUCUUUCUCUCUGUCAGUUCAACUUUGUAGGGAGAAUUCUGGGUCCUCGCGGUCUGACGGCAAAGCAGCUUGAAACAGAGACAGGAUGUAAGAUCAUGGUGAGAGGGAGGGGCUCCAUGCGAGACAAGAAGAAGGUAACACACACACACACACACACACACACACACACACACACACACACACACACACACACACACACACACACACACACACACACACACACACACACACACACACAACAGAAGCGAAUGACUCAGGUUCUGAAUGUAAGUCUGAAGGAAUCAUAAAUCAAAUUAUUGUGGAGCUAGCUUGGCUCAGCUAAAGUUAAUAUGAUCCAUUAACCUGCACUGUGUGCUGAUCGCCAACAGGUGUUAUGGUGAGUUUUGCAUCCCUGUCAAAGAAUGCUACCAUAGAGCAAAUCAAUUCCCAGUCAAGACCAAGUCCCACAAAGAAAUCAGAGUUUUGUGGACAUUUAAUUGAAAGAAUUGUUUUGUAUUGGUAUCAGAUGAUCCACAGGUGUCCUCAUCUCAAUUAAGUAAAUUUGAAUUUGCGUCAAAGAAAACUUAUGGUUGACAAAAUUAACUCUGGUUCUAACUUAACUAACUACUUUAUUCUACCACACAAUCAUGGAAAGAUAUUACGUUUAAAUAAUCGAAAUAUCCUGGUUGGUUUACCAAAAAAAGAAGAUCUAUAGUUUGUACUUUUGCUUUCACAAUCAAGUGCAUUCAGAAAGAGUCACAUCUUUAUGUGAUGGUGCUCAUGGGAAAUUAAAUCCCUAAUACUAAAAAUCAACAAUGAUUUCACCCAAAGAGAUCACUAGGCUCAGCAUAAUAUUAAAGGUCCUCACAGUGACUUUAACUGUUUUAAAUUCACAAUGUUGACUACAACUCAACAGAUUGACAUGUACUUUUAGACAGAAAAUACAUCUCGACACUUACACUAUUAUUUCAGUCUCUGUCUCUUCCUCUAUGCCUUCUUUUUUUUCCCACGCCUGUCUCAACCUGUAUAAUUUUACCUUACUCCACUCAUCUUUUCUCCACUUGCCUCCACCUGUCUCUCUAACUCUCUGUGUGGAGGAGGAGCAGAAUCGAGGGAAGCCAAACUGGGAGCAUCUUAACGAGGACCUUCAUGUCCUCAUCACAGUGGAAGACGCUCAGAAUCGAGCUGAAAUCAAACUCAAACGAGCCGUGGAGGAGGUCAAGAGGCUGCUGGUUCCUGCUGUGAGUUACCUGACCUGACCUCCCCUUUGACCCCUACCUGUCUAUGACUUCAUUCUUACCUGUCUGACAUUAUUACACCUUUCAGACUCUACUUCACUUGUCCAUGACUUAAAUAACAAAUAUAUGUAAUUUUUAACCACACCAGUCUGUGAUUUAGAAAGCUAUAGGUCUUGGGUACUGUUUCAUGAUGCAUUCGAGGUUACUGUAAUCAGAUAGUAACUUUUUUAAAAGUUCUAUGCAACUAGCUAACAAAAGUUAUUAUAUAUGUUUGAGUAUUUUUGCAUUGCCAGAAAGUAAAACCUCUCAAAAGUCCUGGAAUUGUUGCACAUGUCAGUCAUAUCAUCUUGAUAGUGCCUCAGUUUUUUUUUACACAAGUACAUGUGUGUAAAAUAACCUUUAAACUGCCGGUGUACUGCUGCGCAGAGAAUAAUGGGUGUUUCUGUGGGUUUUAGGCAGAGGGGGAGGACAACCUGAAGAAGAUGCAGCUGAUGGAGUUAGCAAUCCUAAAUGGGACGUACAGAGAUGCCAACAUCAAACCCUGUAAGAGACUAACCAAUCACGUCCUGUGUCACUGGUCAUGUAUUUUUUUUUUAUCAUUCAGUAUUUGUUUAAAAUUCAAUUUAGACUAAUUGUAUCAUCAUCAGUUCAAUACAAUUCAGUUUAGUUUAAUUCAGUUCAAUUUAAUUCCAAUCAUUAAGGUUUAAUUUCAUUCAGUUCAGUUCAAUUUAAUUCAGUUUAAUACUGACUGAUUUAAUUCAGUUUAAUUUUAUCCUGUUCUACAAUUUAUAUUCACCCAUUUACCAAUCAUUUCAAUUUGUUUUAUUCAAAGAAUUUGACUUAGUGUCACACCAAACAUUACAACACUAUCUCAGGAGACAUUAAUCUGAUGACCAUAAAUCCAUCCUUUAAAGUUCUACUGGGGACAAACAUCUUCAAUUUAAGUCUGAAUUGAAUUAAGCAAAGAAGAGUUUUACUACUCUGUUAGUUGCCAUCUCAAGUUUAAAAUUAAAACACAGAAAUAAAACAUUUGUAUGUUACUUAUGUGUUAGUGAUUAAAUAUGAUAUGCAGGAAAAGUAAAAAAAAUCCUUUUAUUCAUACACUUGUUGUUUCCCCCUCUGUAUUGGUUCAAGAGUUGUUAUAUAAGUAAACAAUAUACAGAAAACCUCUGACUGCUAAAAACAUAAUCACAGUUUUUGAGGCCUUUGAACAACCAAAGACCAUCAGGGCCUGUCUGACACUGCAGCAACAAAUCAGAGAAAUAAAAGAUCGCUCAGACCAUGACACAACCAGAGCACAAACUUCACAAUCAUCCUGCUCAGUCUUCUCUACUUCUGUUGCCCCCCCCCCAGCCUCCCUUGCCUUCUGUCUAGCAGCUUCUUCUCAGUCUCCCCGGAUGCACUCUGGCCCGGCCCCUGUCUUUGCCCCUCCCACUGGCCUGCGUACCCCCGCCCCCACGGGCCCUGCCCUGGUGCCUCUGAUUCGUCAGAUCCAGACUGUUCUUCCCAGUGGGACGCCUCACCCAGCAGCUCUAAUGCCUGGAUCUGGGCCUGAGUCCAGUUUCAUCUAUGCAACACCAUAUGACUACCAGUAUGCUUUGGCAGCACCGGGCUCCAUCCUAGAGUACCCUCUGGACUCAGGUGGGGUAUCAGGCAAGCUGCCUCACCCCUGCUCCUGUGACUGCUCCCCCAUGCCACACCAUCACCCCCAUGGCCAAUGGAGCCCUGCUCCCACACUGCUGCUCAGACACGCCUCCUGAAAGAUGUAAGACUGGUUCUCCACCACUUUACACCCACAUGCCUUACUCCUGAUUUCAACCUGCAGUGAAGCCCACCGCUGGACUGAGUCUUCAUGUCUCCACAAACUGUAGUAAUGAUGGAAGCCAAUGUAUAGUUUGUUAAGUUAUGGUUAUGAUGUUUUUGGGAACUUUUUGACUUCUGAUGUUCUCCCAAUAAAUCACUACCAGGAAUAUGAAAUAUGUGGAUAAGAAAUAAAGUUGUAUCUUAUUUUGAAAUAUAUCUUCAUUUUUAAACACAGUCUUUGUUUACAGUCCCACUCCAACUAAAAAAUUUUAAUGUAACCUCUGCUGUCAGCUCCUAAUGGCAGAUACAUGUGUUUUGCUCCAUACAUGUGUUUUAAGACUACUCUGACCUGCCACACACCACAGGAGCUGUCUUGUAAUGCAGCUCACGCAGCAAUUUAUUGUGUUACAGAUGGCACAGGCAGUAACCUGAAAGCGAGGGUCACAUCACUUAUUAAAGAAGAAACAAAAUCUUUUUUCUCACUUUUACUCCAUCUAAAACAACUUUAGUCUUUGCAAUUAAAUCUUUUCUCCCUCCUUCUUUCCUGGUCCAGAGGCACAUAUCCACACUUUUUUAUAUGGUGGUCAUUUGAUAUUCAUAGACUAGGGUGUCAGCUGAUUACUGACUAAUGGGAGCGCUGUCAAUGAUUGCCAUUCAAGAACCUUCUUCUUCUAACAGCCACUUCAUAUGAAUAACUACUGUGAAGAAAGGAAAAGAUGGGUCUUUCUUUAAUGUGCCAUAAAUUGUCUUGUCUGACGCCUACGCCCUCACAGUGGUAAUGAGCAUUAUAAAAUUAUGAUCUAGAUAAAUUUGGGUGCUUUUAUAAGUAAUACAGAGGCAUCACUGUUAAUUUCAAUCUGUUUCAUAACCACUAAGAAACCCCUGACAGGAGCUUUAACCACAUGCAUUUUAAAGUGAUAGCAUUGAGGUAAAAUCUCAAAAUACAAUCAUAAUUGAUCAGUCCCAAGUGGCUGACCAAGUUUAUCACACAAGAAGCAGGAGUUAGGGGUUACCAGUGGUAAAGACAACUGGCUGUCCAUAAAAAACAAAAAAACAUUGAACACACAAACACUCAUUUAGCCCACAAUUAGAGUACAAACCAAAAGCAAACAAAGGACAUAAACUCAUAAAUACAAAAUUAUCAAUCAAUAAAUCUUUAUUUAUAUAGUGCAUAAUCAUCAUAAUCCCAAGAUAAGAUGAUUAGGCAAGAUAAGAAGACUUUCAAAACGAGCAGGUCAAGACCACAGUCAUUGUUUGAUGUAUUACAAAGACCCAACCUUAGGAUGGAACAGAUUUCACCUGUCCCAUCCAACAUGAGUGACAGGCAAGGAAAAACUUUCCUUUAACGGGCAGAAACCUUGAGCAGGACCUGGCACGUUAGGCAGCUAACUGCUGCUGUUAAGUUGGGGGGAAAUGCAGAGAGAGGCAGAAAGAGAGCGGGGGAGUGGGGAUUUAUAGGUAUAAGUCUUUCAAAACAGACUGAUGGAAAUCCAGUAGUAUAGAAAUGAAUCUUUCAGAUGAAUUAUGAGACAUGAGAAAGGUGUUCAUGAUGUUUAAUGUCCUUGAUGGGCUGUCACUGCAGGGAGCAGAGGCUGGUGAUCAAGCCACUUGGUGUGGCACAUAACCUGGUCUACAAGUGCACACAAACAUUUAAGUCCAUCAAUCCUGAAUUUAGAGUCAUCAAUACACAUACAUUUCUGAGAUAAGGAGAGAUGCUAAAACCAAAGCUCAGUUUCUGAGACUAGUUAAAAACAAUAAUACAAACCGCAUAAUAUAAAAUAAACCACAGUCAGGUACAGACUAAAUAAAAAAAACCUUCAUAAGCAAAGUCAAGCUGCUCCUGUUUAUGAGCCUAUUUUUGAGCCUUAUACCCAUUUUGAUCAUAUUCAGGAAAAUGUGUUUACAUGCACGGGAGGAAAUCCUGGUUAUCCUUGUCUCUGUAUACAUGUUUAAUACUUGUAUCCUGGUGUCAGAUGACUGCAUCUCAAUUGCACAGGAACCAUGAUCAUUAUUCUCAGUACAAACUAUUUUAAACUUGCCCCUAAAACAUACUGAGAAUAUAGUUUUGUCAUGUACAUGUUACCUAAACAUCUUAGCUGGAUCCUCCUGCCUCCCUGUGAAGGCUCAGUAGCUGUUGUUCUAGAGGAACAAACAUUCAUGUGCUCUCUGUUGUGGUGGCAGACGGUGGCCAAGCUUUUAACCCAAGUUUUGUCAAAUGUGAUAGUUCUUCUUCGGUUCUGAUGUGACCCGACUUUGUGCAAUGUUGCAACUGGUUGAUUUAAAACUCUCAGAUUAAUCUUCAUUAACUUCUGCUUUUGUUCAUGUUAAUCCAGCUAUGAAAAAAUACAAAUCCAUAUUUUAUUAAUCUAUUGUUACUGCCUGGCUUAAAGGUCUGUAACAAGUACAGAGGCUACACACAGAUCAAUCAGUCCAACAGUGAUUUAUGUAACUCUGAUAACAAACUGAUGCAAUAUGUGAAUAAAUAAAGUUGAACUCAUCAAGUACAUCACUUCAAGUCACCACAGUGUGACCACUGAAAAACCUACAAUACAAUCAUGAGAUGGAGUACUGGCUACAAAGUUAGCACAGUACAUUACCACAAACAUACCAGCAGGGGACAUUGUUAGCCUAUUUACCAUUAGAGUGGGUGACCAUAGUGGGAUUAAAAGAUUGCAGAUUACGGCCUCCACAAAACCUCAAUCUGACAGAAAAUGGGAGAAAAUUCACAUAAAACUGCAAGCUGUACCUGGCAGUAAUACACACUGAGUGUCAAAUUCAAAGGGCCUAUAGCCCUCUAUUGUUACAAGGCAUAUUGUAAUUCAGACCACGGUCUGAGAAAGGGGCGCUGCUAUGAAAGCAAGAUCUGAAAAAAGUAAAUUUAUUUACAGCAGCAGACUAUUUACACAAAGUCAAAAUACCUAUGCAGUAAAACAUGUACUUACAGAAAAAAAUGUGCAUAAAGCAGUGAGAAUGAGAAAUGCUGCUCCUGAGGAAAAAAAAAGGGAAUCAAACAAGCUCACAGAGACAGCCGUGAAGAGCAUGUGGGUGAUGCAGCAUGCAGUAUCUUUUCAAAGCGCACUCAGCUCAGGGCAAAAUGUGCAACGCCGCAAUAAAAAUGAUGGUUUUGCUGUAACAAAAACAGAGUGCGUGCUACAAAUGAGGAGCUCUUUCUGAAUCCAGUAUUGAAAAGUAAAACAGGGAAAAAUGACACUGGGGUAAAUUAAACUGGCACUGAAGCCAGAUACAGGAGCCUAUGAGAUAUUAGAGGCUGUGAUCAAGAAAAUCAGGACCAGAAACUAAGCACAUAAAACACAGGUGACUAUGCAAGGAUACUGAGGUUCAGAGAAAGCUGUGAGAGGAAAACCUGAGCAGAACAGAAGAUGAGAACAGACUGCUAACACCAGCAUUCAUUGUGGUGACAAAGAACCCAUGACAGAAUCCAGCACACCUGUUUGAGCACCACAGCUGUCCUCCUGCAGCAAAUCAUGUCAUGGUGGAUAAAGGUGUGCCGGCACUCAUUUAUCCUUGUAAUAAGUCUUAUUUGUUUUGUUGUUGUUUUUUUAGGCUGGUGAAAGCAAAGUGGGACAGGGGGAGAGUUUGAAAAUGAAAAGAUUAGAGAGCCAACUGAGCGGGUGAGUCCUCUUAUCAGAGUAGACAACAACAAUGAAAAGCCAAGUGUCUGCAAUGAUCCAGGAGAUCUCAAAUCAAAUCAAAUCAAACUUUAUAUAUAUAUAGCACUUUUCAGGCAAAAAGAAAUGCAGCACAAAGUGCUUUACAAUUUAAAACAAUGAGCCCCCCAUAUCCAGCCCGCCACCCCAACCCCCCAACCCUUACCG